AUGACAGUGAAAUCACAACAACCAAUUAUUGAUUCAUUCAAACAAGCUCACCAAGAUCAACUUUUCCAAUACUAUGAUUCAUUGACAAUAGAUCAACAACAACAAUUUAUAGAUCAAUUAUCAACUAUCGAAGAACCAGCUAAGUUGAUUUCUACCGUGGAACAAGCCAUUCAAUUUUCUCAAAACAAUUCAGCUUCAAGAAAUUUCACUCAAUUACCUAAUGAACAAACUGCAUCAACUUUAGAUUUAUCACAAGACAUUUUGCAAAAUUGGAAUGAUUUGGGUUUAAAAGCCAUUGCCAAUGGUGAAGUCGCAGUUUUAUUAAUGGCUGGAGGUCAAGGAACAAGAUUAGGUUCAAGUGCUCCUAAAGGUUGUUUCAAUAUUGAUUUACCAUCACAAAAAUCAUUAUUCCAAAUUCAGGCUGAAAAAAUUUUGAAAAUUGAACAAUUAGCUCAACAACAUUUGAAAUUAGAAACCAAACCAGUUAUUAAUUGGUAUAUUAUGACUAGCGGACCAACUAGAAAUGCCACUGAAUCAUUUUUCAUUGAAAAUAAAUAUUUUGGAUUAGAUUCUAAACAAGUGAUUUUCUUCAAUCAAGGAACUUUACCAUGUUUCAAUUUACAAGGUAAUAAAAUCUUGUUAGAACUGAAGAAUUCAAUUUGUCAAUCACCUGAUGGUAAUGGUGGAUUAUACAAGGCAUUAAAAGACAAUGGGAUACUAGAUGAUUUGAAUUCCAAAGGAAUCAAACAUAUUCAUAUGUAUUGUGUGGACAAUUGUUUAGUCAAAGUUGCUGAUCCAAUUUUCAUUGGGUUUGCCAUUGCCAAAGAAUUUGAUUUGGCCACUAAAGUGGUUAGAAAAAGAGAUGCCAAUGAAAGUGUUGGUUUAAUUGUUUUGGAUGAAGAUACUCAAAGACCUUGUGUUAUUGAGUAUAGUGAAAUUUCUGAAGAAUUGGCUAACAAAAAGGAUCCUCAAGACUCUUCUAAAUUAUUUUUAAGGGCUGCCAAUAUUGUGAAUCAUUAUUAUUCCGUGGAAUUUUUAAAUAAAAUGAUUCCUAAAUGGAUUUCAUCACAAGAAUAUUUACCUUUCCAUAUAGCUAAAAAGAAAAUUCCAAGUUUAAAUUUAGAAACUGGAGAAUUUUAUAAACCAACUGAACCAAAUGGUAUUAAAUUAGAACAAUUCAUUUUUGAUGUAUUCCCAUCAGUCGAAUUAAAUAAAUUUGGUUGUUUGGAAGUUGAACGUUUAGAUGAAUUUUCCCCAUUGAAAAAUGCCGAUGGUGCUAAAAAUGAUACUCCAACAACUUGUAGAAACCAUUAUCUUGAAAGAGGUUCCAGAUGGGUUACUCAAAAUGGUGGGGUUAUUGAUAAUGAAGGAUUAGUCGAAGUCGACAGUAAAACCAGUUAUGGUGGUGAAGGUUUAGAAUUUGUUAAUGGUAAACAUUUCAAAAAUGGCGAUAUUAUCUAA